AUGAAGUUAUUAACAUAUCCUGCUAUAACAGUAAGCUUAAAGCUUUCGAUACUACUGAUAAACUUUUCAAGUUUACAGGCGGAAGUGUAUUCGGCAAAAGAAGUUUUACACUUAUUUAAUAAAGCGUAUAAGUUUGAAUUAAAUAUUUUUGUUAAAAUUAUUUCCAAGGAUAAUGAAAAAGAAUACGAGGAAAUGCUACGAGCCAAUGAAACUCCCAAAAUGGUUAUUAAUGAAAUGGAAACAAAUAUCACAGCAAUACGUGAGUUUUUAAAUGGACACUCUUUAACAGUUGUUUAUGUAAACAACAAAAAUUUAAAAGACAUUUUUAAGAAAAUGGAUAAGUUGCUGUGGAAGCUGCAUUUGUCUCAUAUAUUUAUAAUAUGGAAUUCAAACCAAGAUAAAAUUAUAGAACUAUACACAAUUUUUCAAGAAUGCUGGCAGAAGGGUUUUAUCAAUGUAAUACUUUGGCAUCGAAGUGAGUUGUACACCUAUAACCCCUUUCCCCAGAUUCGGGUAUUGAAAUUGUCAAAUUUCUCUUUGUAUGGACAAAGAACUUAUCUGAGCAAUUUUCAACAUUAUGCCUGGAUUCUACCUUUCACCCAGUAUGCUCCACGUUUAUUUAGCUACACUGAUCGUUGGGGUAAUUUGGUGCGCAGUGGUACUUUUUAUAAAAUCGUGGAACUAUUUAUACUACACCACAAUGGUACUCUAAAUAUUAAAGAAUUUGACAUGUGGUCCGGAAAUAUAACCCAAUCACAAGUUUUGGAAAUGCUGUUGAAAAUUGGUUUUCAUUUCACGGCAAAUGUCUUGUUUUAUGAUGAUUCUUAUUCAGCCAGUGAUUCAUUAUGGAUAAUUUAUCGUAACUUAAUAGUACCCACUGCCCAGGAGAUCGAUAAAAGUCUUUAUAUAACUAAAUCAUUUAGUGUAGGCGUGUGGUUAAUAAUACAUUUAAUAUGUGUAUUAAUAUUCUGUUUAAUUUACUAUGAUAAUAAGAGCCAUAAUAAAGAAUGCCAUCAUAGUUCUUUGCUGCAAACUCUGGCCAUUGUUAAUGGUUUGCCUUAUCGUGUUUUCCGUAAUGACAAUAAAUUCUUUAAUUUCCUGAUAGUGUUGGUAUAUAUGUCGUCCACUUUGCUGUUGGUCGGUUUUUAUAAUUCAAAUCUAUCCAGCUUAUUAACAACCAAACAAUAUGAACCUGAGUUAAGAGCCUUAGAAGAUGUUGGCAAAACAAAUCUCCAUAUUUAUGAAUAUACUGUGGAUGUUCAAUAUUAUAAAUUCUUGGAUUUACCAAGCAUCAUACAUCGACGUUUGGACUGGGGCAAUAAUACCUAUAUGUUUGAAAAUCGCAAAAAUUUAAAUGUACAUGCGAAUAUAUUUUGUGCCUUCGAUGAUGUCUCAAAUUACUAUUUGCUUCAGCAGCGCUUCUUAAAGCAGCCUAAAGCCAAAAUAUUGGAUGAAGCUUUGUAUGGUCAUACAUUAUAUAUAACGGUAUCACACCGUUUACCCGUAUUGGAUCAUUUUAAUCGAUAUUUGCUGUAUAUCAAGGAGAGCGGUAUCGUUUAUAAACUAAUAGCGGAUAGUCAUUGGGAUGGCAUUGUAAGUGGUGAUAUUCAGUUUUUCAGGGAUGAAGAUCCAAGCACUUCUGCUACUUUGGAACAUUUUCUAUAUGCUUUUGUUAUUUUACUAGUUGGUUUGACUUUGGCUUUAGUGUGUUUUUUGGUGGAAAAGUUAAGAAAAUAA